GCCCCGCCCCCUUUUUGUCAGCGAGGCGCCGUUAUUUAGGCCCCGCCCCCUUUGCUGCCGCCAUUUCUGUGAGGAAGAAAAGAAGGAAGAACGACAAGGGAAAUCGGGAUUCUGUGGAGCCAUAUCUUGGGUUCAGCAAGGAAACCAACAAUACAAGAAAAAGAAAUACUUUCAAGAUGAUCUUGCUGAAUUCUUGACCUCACUUACAGAUAAGAAAGAAAGAAAAGAGCCAAUUAUCUGCAUUAAAAUUCCACACGCAAAUCACUGUUGACAUGAAGGAGAAAGCUUCUGAAUGCCUGGAGUGUGGAAAGGUUUUUACUCAUAGUGAGAAUCUAUGUUUGCAUCAAAGGACUCACACUGGGGAGAAACCCUAUACAUGCCUGGAGUGUGGCAAGACCUUCACUCAGAGUUCGAGUCUACGUUCACAUCAAAGGACUCACACUGGGGAGAAACCCUAUAAGUGCCUGGAGUGUGGACAGAGCUUCACUGUGAGUGGACAUCUGCGUACACAUCAAAGGAUUCACACUGGGGAGAAACCCUAUACAUGCGUGGAAUGUGGACAGAGCUACACUACAAGUGGAUAUCUACAAAGACAUCUAAGGACUCACACUGGGGAGAAACCUUAUACAUGCCUCGAAUGUGGAGAGAGAUUCACUGAGAGUGGAAAUCUCCGUUCACAUCAAAGGACUCACACUGGGGAGAAACCCUAUACAUGCCUGCAAUGUGGACAGAGCUUCACUAAUCAUUCGAGUCUGCGUUUGCAUGAAAGGAACCACACUGGGGAGAAACCUUAUACAUGCUUGGAGUGUGGAAAGAACUUUAUUCAAAGUACACAUCUACGUUCACAUCAAAGGACCCACACUGGAGAGAAACCCUAUACAUGCCUGGAGUGUGGAAAGAGCUUCGCUCAGAGUUCAGGUCUACGUUCACAUCAAAGGAUUCACACUGGGGAGAAACCCUAUACAUGCCCAGAAUGUGGAAAGGGCUUUGCCAAGGGUGGAGAUCUACAAAGACAUCAAAGGACCCACACAGGGGAGAAACCCUAUGCAUGUCUGGAGUGUGGACAGAGCUACACUACGAGUGCAAAUUUACGUUCGCAUCAAUGGACCCACACUGGCGAGAAACCCUAUACCUGCCUGGAGUGUGGAAAGAGCUUUACCAAGAGUGCACAUCUACAUAGACAUCAAAAGAUUCACACUGGUGAGAGACCCUAUAUAUGCCUGGAAUGUGGAGAGAGCUUCACUGAGAGUGGAAAUCUCCGUUCACAUCAAAGGAUUCACACUGGGGAGAAACCUUAUAAAUGCCUGCAGUGUGCACAGAGCUUCACCAAUCAUUCGAGUCUACGUUCACAUCAAUGGAUCCACACAGGGGAGAAACCCUAUACAUGCCUGGAAUGUGGAAAGAGCUACACUACCAGUGCAAAUCUACAUACCCAUCAAUGGACCCACACUGGGGAGAAACCCUUCACAUGUCUGGAGUGUGGACAGAGCUACAUUUCAAGUGCAAAUCUACGUUCACAUCAGUGGACCCACACUGGGGAGAAACCCUAUAGGUGCCUGAAGUGUGGACAGGGCUUCACUCAGAGUGCAAGCCUACAUAGACAUCAAAAGACUCACAUUGGUGAGAAACCUUUUGCAUUCCUGGAAUGUGGAGAGAGCUUCACUCAGAGUGGAAAUCUACAUUCACAUCAAAGGACUUAUACUGAGGAGAAACCGUAUACUUUCAUGGAGUGUGGACAGAUUUUCACUAAUCAUUUGAAUCUAAGUAGUCAUCAAAGUACUCACGCUGGGGAGAAAAUGCUAGAAAUGGCUGGAGUGUGGACAGAGCUAGACUCAUAGUUCAAAUCUACAUAGACAUCAAAGGACUCACAUUGUGGAGAAACCCAAAUAUGCCUGGAAUGUGGAAAGAGCUUUGCUGAGAUUGCACAUCUACACUGGGGAGAAGCCCUCUAAAUGCCUGGAGUGUGAACAGAAGAAUAGAACUAUACAUAGACAUUAAAAGACUCACACUGGGAAGAAACCCUAGAAACGCAUAGAGUAUGAUAGAGCUUCUCAAAGAGUACAAAUCUACAUUGCCAUAGAAUUCACAUUUGAGAGAAUUGUGGUAUUUGACCCCAGACAGACUGUCUAAGACAAAAGCUUUCCAAACUUUUCAUGUUGGGUAUACACUUUUUGGAAAUGCAUCCUUUUGUGACAUGGUGAUUCAGUUUAACUAGCAAACUGGAGGUUAAAUCAACAACAACAAUAAUAAUAAUACAGUGGAGUCUCACUUAUCCAACAUUCACUUAUCCAACAUUCUUGAUUAUCCAGUGCAGUCUGCCUCCCGCCCGGGUCCACAGCUAUUUCUCUAGGCAGCAAGGACUGACCUUUUUACGGAUUUAAUUUCCGACAAUGUAAAUACAUUAACUACAGUAAAGUCUCACUUAUCCAAGAUAAACGGGCCGGCAGAACAUUGGAUAAGUGAAAAUUUUGUAUCUUAAGGAGGGAUUAAGAAAAAGCCUAUUAAGCAUAAAAUUACAUUAUGAUUUUACAAAUUAAGCACCAAAACGUCAUGUUUUACAAGAAACUGACAGAAAAAGCAGUUCAAUACACAGUAAUGUUAUGUAGUAAUUACUGUAUUUACAAAUUUAGCACCAAAACAUUGCAACAUUUACUACAAAAACAAUGAAUACUAGAAGGCAGACUGCGUUGGAUAAUAAAGAACCUUGGAUAAGUGAAGCUUGGAUAAGUGAGACUACUGUACUACAUAACUUUACCAUGUAUUGAACUGUUUUAUCUGUCAAUUUGCUGUAAAACAUGAUGUUUUGGUGUUUAAUUUGGUGUUUAAUAAUAAUAAUAAUAAUAAUAAUAAUAAUAAUAAUAAAUCUUUAUUUAUAUCCUGCUUUUCUCACUAAACAGAACCCAAAGUGGCUUACAACCUUAUAAAAGACAAUAUAAAACAAUAUACAUAUGUAAAACUGUAACCUGUAAAAACAAAUUUACAAUAAGAAACAAACAUAUUUUAAAACAUUUCUCUAAUACAGUUAUUGCAGGCAAUUCAACAAGAUAGAUGGUGAUCUUAGCUGGAUUCAAUAAAAGUUAACCUUCCUGUCGUUACAGCUAAGUGUCUUCAUCAAAAGCUUGGGCAAACAGGAAGAUCUUUAGCUGCUUUAUAGAAGAUGUCAGGGAGGGGGCUGUUUUAACUUCCUUGGGGAGGGAGUUCCAAAGAGUUGGAGCGGUCACCGAAAAGGCCCUCUCUCUCUCUCGUCACUGCCAACCACAUUUGUGAUAGUGGCAGCAACGAGUGGAGGGCCUCGCUAGAAGAUCUUAACAUUCGAGCAUCCAGCACAGGUAGCCACCCUAUACCCUGAUCUGCCUUCCGACUGACCAGGAGGAUCUCCGUCUUGUCUAAAUUCAAUUUCAGUUUGUUAGUCCUCAUCCAGUCCACAGCAGCUGACAAGAGUUCAGGGUCUGGGCUGCUUCCUUGGCUUUUGGUGGAAAUGAGUAGUAGAGUUGGGCAUCAUUUGCGUACAGAUGGCACCGAACUCCAAAGCUCCUGACUCCCAGCUGCUUCAUGUGGAUGUUAAACAACAUGGGGGACAUAUAAGAUACAUAAGAUUUUCAAUAAAUAUAUAAUAAUAGAAAUAUGAAA